AUUUCUCAAUCUUUGAUAUAAAAGGAAUAGCACAGCCGUUUGUCCUGCUUUGACCUACAUACUCCACUUUUUUAUAUAACAUAUCUUUCAAUGAAAAAAAUGCCAAACAUAUUUGGGAGGGUUGCCUCCUACUUACGCGUAUUGAUGAAAUUUAUCGGACCCGGCUUCAUGAUUGCCGUCGGAUACUUUGAUCCAGGCAAUUGGGCUACGGAUAUGGAAGGUGGUUCGCGAUUCGGUUAUCGUCUUUUGUUUAUUAUUUUGCUUUCCAAUAUCAUCGCUAUAUUUCUACAAAACUUGACGAUCCGGUUGGGCACCAUCUCAGGUUUAGAUCUGGCUUCGGCGUCUCGUAAAGUAUUUCCUUUAUGGAUCAACAUGAUCCUCUAUGUUAUGGCCGAAAUUGCAAUCGUUGCCACCGAUUUGGCCGAAGUCAUUGGUAGUGCUAUUGCUUUGAACCUACUAUUCCCCAAGUUACCAUUACCUGCCGGCAUUGCCAUCACCGCCGCCGAUGUAUUCAUUGUCUUGCUUUUGUACAAUGACGAAGCCAACAAUCCAGACUCGACAGCCGACUCGGCCUCUGUUCGCGUGGUCCGUUAUUUCGAAUUCUUUGUUAUGAUUCUGGUCUUCACUGUCGCUGCCUGCUUUAUUGUUGAACUGACGUAUUCCAACGUCGUGGCCGUCGAUGUACUCAAAGGCUAUGUCCCUACCAAGGAAAUCUUUACCGACUCUUCGGCUCUCUACGUUUCCAUUGGUAUUAUUGGUGCUACAGUGAUGCCUCACAACUUAUACCUCCACGCUUUCAUUGUGCAAGCUCGUUGUCGUGAAUGGCGUAACCAACGUCCCAAAGUUGUUCGUGUAGGCGAUGAAGGUUGGGCACUGAAGCGCAAUAUCAAUACCCAUGUUGCUACCGAGAAACUGGAUGAAAUGUUUGAAAAGCAGAAACAUGUGGAAGAGAAAAACGAGGAGAUAUACCCAGUGUCUACCGGUGCCAGUCCUAAUUCUCGUCCGGAUCACAGCGUACUUAGUAUCGAAGAUUACAAGGCUUUGGGAGUCGAUGAAGAGAACCUCAGAAUAUACCUCGACAAAGCGUUGAAAUGCAAUUUGCAUUAUGGUUUGGUCGAUCUUGGCAUCGCCUUGCUGAUUGCCUUCUUUGUCAACUGUGCGAUUCUUAUUGUUGCGGGUGCCAACUUUUACUACGGUCCUCACAAGAGCGAGGAAGGCGUGGAAGAUUUGUUCAGUGCUCACGCUCUUUUGGAACAGUACAUUGGCCCCCCUGCCGCUGUCGUAUUUGCUCUCGCUUUGUUGCUUGCUGGUCAAUCCAGUACUUUAACGGCCACACUUGCCGGUCAAGUUGUGAUGAGUGGAUUUCUUGGAAUGACAACCCGUCCCUGGGUGCGACGUGUCGUGACACGUCUUAUUGCCAUUGUGCCUGCGAUGAUUGCUGCAUGUAGUACGGGUCGUACGGGCUUGAACCAAAUGCUUGUGGGUAGUCAAGUCGCUCUUAGCGUGCAAUUGCCUUUCUGCGUGCUUCCUCUGCUGAUCUUCACGGCCAAGAAGAGUAUUAUGAAGGUGGAUCUCGUGGUUGAACAUAAAGAACCCAGACAUUGCAAACGAUUCACUGUGCCUUGGUUGGAUCGAUUUAUCCCCAGUGCCUGGCUGGAAGCUGGUCUCUUUCGAUCAACAAAGUCUACGGAUGCCACCAAGGACGUCACGUCAAACGGUGCAGCAGAACCGGAAAAGCCAAAUGAUGGCCUUGUCGCUCCUCCUCGUGCCGGUCUUCAUGUGGAAAUCAAGGAAUUACCCAAACCUCUGGUUUAUCAAAAUGGUUGGAUCGUGAACAUAUUGGCCGGUAUCAUCUGUCUCCUUUUGAUCUGUCUGAACGUUUAUAUGAUCGUCACCACCAUCCAGGGAGAGUAAGCAAGCUGCUCAAGCAAAGCUAUACAACAAAUCGCAUCUGGUCCUUUUUUACAUAUCCCCACGUUAUACUCCAUCGUUAAUUUUACCUCAUUUUUACAAUCCUCUAUUAUCACC